AUGGCCAGUACAUGGAUUUAUUUUUUAUCUAUCUAUCUAUCUAUCUAUCUAUCUAUCUAUCUAUCGUUAUUUUUGUCUCUGUCAAUGUUUAUAUCUAUCUGUCUGUCUAUGAGUCUAUCACAUAAUCUAUCUAUCUAUCUAUCUAUCUAUCUAUCUAUCUAUCUAUCUAUCUAUCUAUUUCAUUUGGUUCUCUCCCGCUUUCCUUUUAUCUAUUCCAAUGGGUUCAUAUCUAUCUAUCUCUAUAUUUAUCUCUAUUUAUCUAUAUCUAUCUAUCUAUCUAUCUAUCUAUAUAGCUCUUUUUUCAUAGCUGUAUUCUCUCUCUCUUUCUCUUUCUCUCUGUCUGUCUCUCUCUCUCUCUGUCUCUCUCUCUCUCUUUCUCUCUCUCUCUCUAUAUAUAUAUAUGAUAUUUUUUUAGUUUUUUUAACUCUUGUCUUUUCGUCUCUUUUAAUUGUACUUUCUAUUUUCUUUUUUCUUUUCUUCUUUUUUUCCUUUUCCCGCCGUUUUUUUUUCCUUUUUUCUUUCUUCUCCUUCCUUCCAGUUUUUUUCUUUCUUCUAUUUCUCUUUCUUGUCCUUUCUUCUUUUACUCGUUCAUUUUAUUCCAUUUUCUUUUUCUAUAAUAAUUUCCUCUUUUUACGCUUGUUUGUUACAUUUCUCCCGCUUUCCUUUUUUCAAAAUCUUUUCUCUCGAUUUUCCUUUCUGCUUCAGAUACUUAUUUUAUGUUUCUUCUUUUUCUCGAUAUUUUUUUUCAUUCCCAGUCUUUAUCCUCACUUCCCAGUGUUUAUUAUAACUUAA